AUGCAUCGUUUGUUAACAAGUGUGGUUCUUCUCAUUUUUCUUACACAAGCAAAUACUUGGUCGAUCAAACAACGGAAACCAACUUUGAAUACCAAUGAUACAUGUUGUGUGUUGGCAAAACUGAACAUCAAUGCGACACGUGCGAAUCAUGGCCGAACGUUCUUCGAGAGCUUGAUUCUGAACAAUGAUUCCUAUAAGGAUGUUAACGAGGAUAAUGUAUGUUCAUUGAUGCAUUUUUUUAUGCAAGAAGCCGUACUGAACGGUCGACCCAUCAAGUUCUCUAAAGGUAUGUUUGUCCUUUAUGAUUCAACAAAAGAAUUUUUCGCCCGAUUAAUGGCCGCCAAGGAUGCUCAAGUUCAAGGAAGUGAAGAGCAUCGUUCGGGUUAUUUAAAACGCUUGAAAUAUUUUGCUCUUAACUCACUGAAGUCAAUAUUAAAACUAAAAAAAAUGAAUCGAACCGUACCCGAUGCAUUUAUUUAUGUCCGCGGUGACGAAUCAUCACAUUUUCGGGAAAGAGCGCUCUCGAAACUACGCCGAGCGAAAGAUUAUCCAGCCUACGGAAUGGAUGUGAAACACGGCUGCAUGCCAAACGGCUUCGGACACAUUCUCUUCGGUAAAUUAAAAGGUUUAUACAACAACGAGUCCGAUCCGUAUUAUGGCGAUCGAAUAUACAUCAAACCGGAAGAGUUUGGCUUGCAGAAAUUUGCACAUUAUAUCGGACAUUCCGGCAAAUAUCUUAAAAGUAUUUCGCGUCGUGUAAUCUGCAAAAUCGCGAAAUUCCAAACGUCACCCAUGUGUUCGAAAGACGACGCCUUUCGCGAGAGUAUCGACACGAAAUUAGUCCGCAAAUGGAGCCAGAUUCUUUCCACCAUUCCAAUUCUCACCGAAAACGAACGAACAUUGAUGCGUUCAAAAGUCUCUCAAGAAGGCAUCCAUGAAAUCUAUCGUCAAACUUCACUCUAUGCCGCCGAUUACAUCCAGGUUCGCGACUUUCAACAAGAAGUAGAACAGAAAUACGGUCGUGAUGCCCGGUCACGGAAAGGAAAUGAGAUUAUUUUUACCACAGAACAAUUAUUACAAAGUCGACUAUCAUGUGAUUCAACAAUGCUAACAAGCAGCUUAGUUCGUCAGACCCAAUGUGCAAAGACACGCUAA